CUCACGGCUUUCUUGAUCUUUUACUGGUCUCUGUCCCAGUUUUCCUAUCCUGUUUCUAUAUUUCCCUAAUGUAAGGUUUUAUCCGACCCGAAAUUAACAAAAGGGCGUCGAAUUUCAGAGUUGAGGAAGACGAGCAGACAACUCUGGAUCAACUUCAUCGACAUCCAGUCAUCUGUCAUCCACGAACCCAGGCGCCAGCACGCAUCACGGCCGCGCCGCUACUACGCCAGGCGGCAGCACCGCAGUCGUCGCCAGGUCGCCUGCCCUCCGCCACCCCCCCUUCGGUGGUUCGACCCUUCUCAAAUAUUCACCUUCCUACAUUCCGUAGCUCCGAGUAUUUUAUUGGGCCGUAUUCCAGAGGCAUCUGAACAGUUGAACAUCUAUUUCAAGUUUGUUUUGGAAUACCAAAGCUGAAAGUUGUGAUUGAUGGUGUUCUUGCUGCCCCAUCAAGAUAUGAUUGAGCAAUUUUAUUGUUGUCUAGGCUGGAAAUUGGGAUUUUGUUGCUGAGAAUGCAAAGUAGAGAGAAUGAGGUCCAAAGAAAGGGCAUUUGGGCUUUUUGGAUUUAAAAAGAAAUGAAGGACUGCCAUGUAUUAGUUCUUGAUGGUUUGACGUUAUCAAGAUUGGAUUUUUCCAAGAAAUGGGCACUAUGGGGAGGAGGUGGUUGUUUCUUGGAUUGUUAAUCUCUUCAAUUUUCUCGGCUGUGUCAGCCAUUGAUUGUCUGUGUGACGAUGAAGGAUUCUUCAGCGUAACCAACAUCCUAUUUCUCCAGAAAGUUGGGGACGUAUUGAUCGCCAUUGCUUAUUUCUCAAUCCCUUUAGAACUGCUCUACUUCAUUAGCUGCUCAAACAUACCAUUCAAAUGGGUCCUCCUCCAAUUCAUCGCCUUCAUAGUCCUCUGUGGCUUAACACAUUUGCUCAACGUCUGGACCAUCAACUCUCACCCUUCCUUCCAAAUCAUAAUGUCUUUGACCGUCGCUAAAAUCCUGACAGCACUCGUUUCUUGUGCAACCGCAAUUACCCUUUUGACCCUCCUCCCCCUCCUCCUGAAAUUCAAAGUCAGGGAACUAUUCUUGAGACAGAAUGUGUUAGAGCUAGACCAAGAGGUCGGAAUGUUGAUGAAGCAGAAUGAAGCAAGUGUGCACGUCCGCAUGCUCACACAAGAAAUCAGAAAGUCGCUUGAUAAGCACAACAUACUCUACACAACUCUCGUUGAGCUCUCCAAAACAUUGAAUCUCCAGAACUGUGUUGUUUGGAUGCCAAGUGAGAAUAGGAAAGAAAUGAACUUGACGCAUGAGUUGAACCCUAAUCCUAACCCUAAUUCAUCUUGUCGCUGCCUCUCGAUCAAUGAUCCUGAUGUCUUAGAGAUAACAAAGAAUGAAGGGGUGAGGAUACUCAAACGAGACUCGGUUCUUGCCGAUUCCUGCGGCGGUCCGAUCGCGGCUAUCCGAAUGCCACUGCUUCGAGGUUCAAAUUUCAAAGGUGGGACCCCCGAGCUGGUUGAUACUUGUUUUGCCGUGUUAGUACUGGUUCUUCCUCCCGGUGACGAGAAUGGCAGGGAUUGGAGCUGUGACGAGCUGGAGAUAGUUGAGGUUGUGGCCGAUCAGGUGGCUGUGGCAUUAUCCCAUGCAGCGGUUCUUGAAGAAUCUCAGUCGAUGCGCGAGAGGCUGAAAGAGAGGAACCAUUUGUUGGUGCAAGCUAAAGAGGACGCCGUGAAGGCCAGCAAGGCGAGGAGUGCCUUUCAGAAGGUGAUGAAUAACGGGAUGAGGAGACCCAUGCACUCGAUCUUGGGAUUGCUUUCUAUACUCCAAGACCAUACUAACAACAACUUGAAACCCGAAGAGAGGAUUGUCAUAGACACAUGUGUACAAACAAGUACGGUGUUGUCUAUGUUAAUCAGCGAUGCAAUGGAGAUAUCUGCAAAAGAUGACGGAAUCUUCCCCGUGGAGAUGAGGCCAUUUCAGCUUCACUCUUUGGUACAGAAGGCUUGUUGUCUUGUUAAAUGCUUUGCUUUUUGUAAGGGGUUUGGUUUUUCUACGGAUGUUUCAAGUUCCUUGCCUAACCAGGUGAUGGGGGAUGAGAAUAGAACAUUUCAGGUUAUACUUCAUAUGGUCGGGCAUUUGUUCAACAAAAGUGAUGGAAACUGCAUGGUGGUGUUCAGAGUUGGUCCUGAAAGUGAAUCUGGGGAUGGGAAUAAUAAUAAAGUUCGGAAUGCUAGAAUAGCAAGUUCGGGUGAUGAGAAUCUGGCAGUUAAAUUCGAAAUUGAAGUCACUGUUGAAGGGUCGGGCAUUCAUCCGGGCCGGAGAAAGCAUAAUAGUAGAGAUGUGAAGGAAAGUUUGAGCUUCAGCAUGUGCAGGAAGCUUGUGCAGUUAAUGCAAGGAAAUAUAUGGAUCUCCUCAAAUUCCCGGGGCCGUGCACAAGGAAUGAUUCUGAUUCUUAGAUUCCAGAAGCAAUCUUCAUAUAGACGGCGGGUCUUCGAAUAUAAAAAUCCUUCUAUUGAGCAACAAAUUUCGAGCUCAACAUUUAAAGACCUUAAGGUUCUUUUGGCUGAUGACGAUGGCGUGAACAGAAUGGUAACUAAAAAGCUACUUGAGAUGCUAGGCUGCCAUGUCACUGCAGUUUCAACUGGUUUUGAAUGUCUAAGUGCUUUGGGUGGCCCCACGGGAAGGACGUCUUUCCAGAUCAUCGUGUUGGAUCUUCACAUGCCAGAAAUGGAUGGGUUUGAGGUGGUAAAAAGAGUGCGACAGUAUAGGAGUCGUAACUGGCCAUUGAUUAUCGCACUGACUGCGAGUUCGGAAGAUCAUAUGUGGGACAAAUGUCUUCAGGUGGGAAUGAAUGGUCUUAUACGGAAACCAGUUAUCCUACAAAAACUCGCAGAUGAACUUCAACGAGUUCUUCUUCGGGCUCGAGAAGCCAUGUGACCGCGAGCCUUGAAUCCUCUGUAUACAACUUAUAUUAUUUAAAGAAUUGGGGUUUUGGUCUAGCUGGACUUUUGUAGUACGUGUAUGAGUGUAUCCCUCUUUGAAAAGGAAAUGAAGAAAUGUGAUAGAAGUUAUUAAUUCAAGAAA